AUGCCAUAUAGUAAAUUGUCAUUGCAUGGCUUUAAAGUAGCCGGUGGAUAUGACUUCGUCGAUGAUGGCAAUUGGCCUAGCGAGGAGAAGCAACCUGACGACGAUCCUCUUGACGUCUUUGGCCACGGAACUCACGUCGCUGGAAUUGUCGCAGCAAAGGCCGAUUCUCUUACUCAAAUUGCAAAUGGUAAUUACACGUGGCGAUUCGCUACACUCAGACCGUUCGGAGACCCGACUGUUUCAGAAGACUCCUGA